GAGUACAUUUUAAUCCUCUAGGGGUUAAACUGCAUCUAUAAAAAGAGUUAUUUUUCAGAGUUAAACUUUUAACUCUGUAAGCGGUGCAUUUCCCACAAUCCUAAACGGCUCUUCAUUUGGAAGACCACAAGGAGAUGAGUACGCAGUUCAAAGGUAACGUUAGCUAUGUUUGCAUCAUCUUUCAAUAAAUUGUGUGGUGUAUUUGGUGUAAUUAUAUUUAUUAAAAGAAAUACGUUUGUUUUACAUGUUUUUAUAAAGAAACUGCAUGGAUUUCGUUGGAUUGGAGUUCGUUUAUAUCUGAGCACCACGCGCAUCAGUAACAAUGCUGUUCACAGUAAUCUACGGAGGAAAGAAAAAGCUGAUAAAAGUAGAUGGAGCAGAUUACACUAGUUUAAUGACUCAAGUUAAGAAGAAAUUCUCAAUAAGUGAGAAAGAUCUGAUGUUACAAGAUGACACUGGUGUUGAGGUGGAUGAAGAUGUAUUCACUGACUUGCUGGAGGAGAGAUCACAUGAUAUCCUAUGGAGAGUUGUUGACAAAGUUUCCGAAUGCUCAGUCCUCAAUUCUUCCUGUAGCUCACAAACUGACACUCUCUCAGUGUCGUCUGAGACUGAUGACAGUGCUGGACCAAGCUCCAAGAGACCUUGUCUUGAUGGACUUUUUGAGGCAAAACAGUUUGUUAGAAACAUUUUAGUGGAAAAUGCUGGAGGACCUGCGAUUUUGGAUGAAUAUAAAGAACAUGGAAAACUCACAGACUCAGCCCGGCGACACUUGGUUAACAUUGUUGUUGCGCACAUUACUGACAAAGAAGGCCGUGUCCCUUCUAAAGAAACAAAAACUCGUUGUGCCUUGGGAAUUGUAACUCUGUUCCCAUCACUGAAGGAUCCAUACUCAAGAACUGGAUAUGAACAUUUUUAUGACCCUAAGAGCAACCAAGGAUACAUAUCUUGGCGACUCAAAACAGUUUCGCGGCAAAGCAAACACCAUGGUGGACACCACAGCAAGAAGGAUGCCAGGUCAAGUGGAACAUCAGACAGUGAGGGCAGUGGAGGACCAACAGCUUAUAGAGAAACUUGCAACCAUUUGGAACUGCAGUUAGAGGGUGAUCAAUGCAAAGAAGCGAUAUCUUUCAUGAAUCAUUGUGCAGAAAAGGACCUGAUUUUUGAGAAGAUGAAAGCCACAUUCAAGCACAGACAGCUCCUUAUUCAUGAUGCAGCAAAGUCCAAUACAGUGCUUUCAGUUUUUCCACGAUUUCUUGACACCAAGGGAUUGAUACUUCAAGAUUUUGAUGUCCAAUUUGGAACAGAAACAUCCUCCAGACUUCUUGAACAAUGGGACAGUCUGAAGCCCAAGAUCAUUGCAGAAGCAAGAACACUUACUUCGACCUUGCAUCUGACAAACCUGCUCUCAGAUGCCCAGGGCAACAGUCAAGAUGAGGGUUCCGAUUGGCAAGGAUGGGACAGCGACAUGUCCUCUAUUUUACUCCUGGCCUACCUUUUGCCACCUUCACCUGGUGGUAGGAACAAAUCCACCAAGAUCAGCAUCAGAGAGGCAAUGGACCACAUUGUGCAGUUUCACAAGGCUUGCCGUAGUCUAACUGAACACAUUAACAAGUCUGAAGGCCUUCAACCACAUCUCCUUGCAGUUGGCUCAGCGAAGAACAUCAUCCAUGAUUUUUACAUCGUGCUGGACGGAAAGCUUCUUCCAUGUCAGGCAAAGUCUUCUCUUGCUGCUUUUGAUGAACUUUUUAAAGCAUACUUUGUCUUUAGCGUGUCAUACCCCCACUGCUUAAGUGCAAUGUAUACAUUCAUCCAGACAACUAUCUACAAGAUAGAUCUUGGUACAGUCCAUGAAACCCCUAGGGUUAAAGACCUACGAGCUAAACUUUUGAAUUACUUAAGCUAGAUUAAAAUGUUUCGCUGCUUUGUUUGCAAACUGGUACAUUCUAAAAUCAAUGACCUUGUUCGUCACCUAAAACUUAUUCAUGCUUACUAUCCAGGGAAAAAAUUAAACCUGAAAUGUGCACAGAACAACUGUAAACAUAGCUUCAUGACUUAUGCUGGAUUUCGAAAACACUUAAGUAGUGUUCAUGGAAAUGACUACCUAGACCAAAUUGUGACUGAGAAUCUAACUGAUGAAGAUAAUGAACAGAUUGAGGUAAUGACAGAUUUAAAUAAUGAUCUUGAAAUACCAGAGACAUCAUCCAUAAAUGAUAAAAGGAGAGGUACUGAAACUCAAAAAAUGUGUGCAUCCAUUAUUGCUAGAUUGCAAAACAGUGGAGUAGCAACCAGUGUUGUAACAUCUGUAGUAUCGGAUUUGGAAGAACUGGUACAUGAAAUUCAUUCAAAUAUCAAAAGUGAGGUGAUGAAUCAACUUCCAUCUGAUGAUUUUGCAACAUCAUCUAAAAUAGAACACUGUUUUGAUCAUCUUAGUAAUCCAUUCUCAAAGCUAAAUACAGAAACCAAAUGGAAAAAAUAUAUCAAAGAAAAAUGGGCUGUAGUUGACCCUGCAGAGAUCAAAUUAGGGGUAAGAUUUGAUAGUAGAUUGAAUCGGGUGACACGGACAUAUGAUCAGAUCCCUGUAGCUGACAAAUUCAUUUACAUUCCCUUGUUGGAUACCUUGCAGUUUAUUUGUAGGAAUUCUGAGAUAUAUAAACAUAUGUCAGAUCCAAGUAAGAGUAACGGUGUCUAUAAAGAUUUUUGUGACGGAAGUUAUUAUAAAAACCAUCCACUUUUCAGUAAACAACAAAAUGCACUUCAAAUACAGUUAUUUUAUGAUGAAUUUGAAUCUGC